ACUGUUUUAUCAUUUAACACAUGUGCGCGGUGUACAAACAAUUAUAUAAAAACAUAAAUUGUUAAAGCAAUGUUCGCGAUAAUACGCCGGUUGGCGACAACUUCAAUUAGUAAUCCGCGCAGCUAUGCUUCAUUUGCUGUUAGAGAUAUACUGCGCGAAUAUGUUGAGGACACUGGAACGUUGCUGAAUCGGUUUUCCAAGCAUAUUGCCAUGGAGCGCUACAAAUGCGAAGAGCACGUGCUGCCAGCCAUUACAAUACGUUAUUCUGACUUUUUCCCAAUAACAGAUGAACGCUACUUUCGUCGCACAGUACAAAAGACGCCAGCAACCCAGUUGCCAGCCUUGAUUAUACACGCCUCCACCUACAGAUCCAAUGCAGCGCCACCGAUGUACGCGGCGACAUUGAACGCACUGGAUGCGCAGUCUACAGCACUGCUGGCAGAAAUGGAUACGAGCACAGUACUGGAAACACUUUAUGCCUUUCUGUUUCUUAUGCCCAAUUGGCUAAGGCGCAUAGAUUUUUAUCAUGCGGCUAUGCGACGUCUGGCAAAUGAAAACUGCAACAGCAAGGAGCGCUUCUUGCAAAUCUGUUUCUACAUGAGUUUCUACAAGCAACAGAAGGGCAGUUACCUAGAGACGUUUCUUGCCACACAUCUGGAGCAACACUUAUCUAAGCUGACUCCCAUGGAUUUGGCCCUAUUAAGCUAUGCAGUCUACAAAACUUCCACUGUAAUAAGAGGCGUAGCGCGUGAGCAGUACGAAGCCGCUUUAGUGGCAGCUACUCUGAACCUUAAGACCACAGAUCCAGGUGCAGAUGCACUGCUUGUUAGCUAUGUAAAAGCUAUGCGACUGCAACGUGUGCACAAUGAAGAAAUCUGCGAGCAACUGCAGCUAAUCUGCUUGGAUCCAGCUCAACUAGCGCAACUGCAGCCACGCGGUCUGGCACAUAUCUUUGCCUACUUUGCUGAAACGCAAUGGGAUCAGCCGGAUUGCAUGCAAGCACUUGUAGCACGUUUACUGAAGUACAAACCCAGCGAGCUGCGUGCCAAAGAUCUGGCCACAUUUAUAUGGAGCUGUGCGCAAUUGAAUUGUACACUAAGUGCAUCUGAGCUGAAGCAACUGGAGAUCUGGGCGUUGCGCAAAUUGGAUCAAGGCGAAUAUGACCGCUUUGCCGAUCAGCUAGUAGACACCAGCCUUUCAUUAUGCAUGCUAGGUCAAUACUCUAAGCAAUUGUUUGAUGGAGCCGAGGAGCUAAAGGCACAACAGCAACUACCACAGCGUGCACAGCCAAAAGUGGACAGUCGACUAAUUGUACUGCGUACCGCGGUGGCCAUUGAGCAACCCAGCUGGACAGACAUAAAACGAGAGCAGGUGUUUAAGGAACUUGGACGUGCGCCCGCAUAUCUGUUAAAUCAGCGCGAGGAUCUUACGGCCUAUUCCAAGCAGUUGACUGCAGAUGCUGAAGUUGAAGGUGUGGAUCUUGUGUGUCCCAUUGUGGGCAUCAAUUUGCCCAGCCUACGUGUGCAGACCUUGGGCGAACAAUCAGUCAUUUACUUUGUGGAGCUGCUAACGACGCAACAAACAUUAAAGUUCAGUAAGAAGCCAACGUCAUUAUUAAGGUUCAAACAGCGUUUAUCUGCUGGUAGUUAG